CCUCCCAUGGUGCUGCAGGCUUCGCGCUUGCUGAUAAGACGUUGCCAAAUUACCCACAAUGCACCGCGGCUCGUCCUUUCUCCCCAGCUUGGGGGCAGGAGGAGGCCGCGGCUAACCCCCGCCCUGGUCCCUAGGAACCGGAAGUUCCCGGCUGCCCUAGUAGCUGCCGGCUGGCCGGGCCGGGGCCGCCAUGAGCAAGCGGAAGGCGCCGCAGGAGAGCCCCAAUGCGGGGAUCACAGACUUCCUGAGCGAACUGGCAAAUUAUGAGAAGAACGUGAACCGAGCCAUCCACAAGUACAAUGCGUACAGAUACAGGAGAAACUUGUGUUUCCAGAGAGAGAGCUUGGAAAAUGACUGUCCCUAUAAUGUAGGUACAAGAGCACGAUAUUUAAGGAUCAACAGUAAAUUCAGAAAAGCAGCUUCUGUAAUAUCCAAGUAUCCAAGCAAGAUAAAAAGUGGAGCUGAAGCAAAGAAGCUGGAAGGAGUAGGGGCUAAAAUAGCUGAGAAGAUUGAUGAGUUUUUAUCCACUGGAAAACUACGUAAGCUUGAAAAGAUUCGACAGGAUGAUACAAGCUCAUCUAUCAAUUUCCUGACCCGAGUUACUGGCAUAGGUCCUUCUGCAGCUAGGAAGUUUGUGGAUGAAGGGAUAAAGACAUUGGAAGAUCUAAAGAAAAAUGAACACAAGCUAAAUCAUCAUCAGCGAAUUGGGCUAAAAUAUUUUGAAGACUUUGAGAAAAGAAUCCCUAGAGAAGAGAUGUUACAGAUGCAGGAAAUUGUAUUGAAAGAGGUUAAGAAACUGGACCCCGAAUAUAUUGCUACAGUCUGUGGCAGUUUCAGGCGAGGUGCAGAAUCAAGUGGGGAUAUGGAUAUUCUCCUGACCCAUCCAAGUUUCACUUCUGAAUCAACCAAACAGCCAAAGCUUUUGCACCAAGUUGUAGAACAACUGAAAAAAAUCCACUUUGUCACAGACACAUUGUCAAAGGGUGAUACGAAAUUCAUGGGUGUGUGUCAGUUGCCAAGCGAAGAAGAUGGAACCAAUUAUCCAUACAGGAGAAUUGAUGUCAGGCUGAUCCCCAAGGAUCAGUAUUAUUGUGGGGUACUGUACUUCACAGGCAGUGACAUAUUCAAUAAGAACAUGAGAACUCAUGCCCUGGAAAUGGGCUUCACAAUCAACGAGUACACAAUCCGGCCCUUGGGAGUUACUGGAGUUGCUGGGGAGCCCCUCCCAGUAGAGAGUGAAAAGGAUAUCUUUGACUACAUACAGUGGAAGUAUCGAGAGCCAAAAGAACGGAGUGAAUAACUUGCAUUCAAAGGUUCACUAGCUAGUGCUCACUUAUUUUGUAGCUUUUAUGAAUAAUCAGCGGAGUCAAAACUAGGUGAAUAUUUAUUGCUUGAACAUUACUUCAGAAGGUGUGUAUUACUGACACUGUUUUUAAACAAUAGUUCCAUGGCACUAGAGUAAAAUGUGUUGUAAAAAUUAAAUCACCUAACAUUGCAACUUGAUUACUUUCCUUUUAUUCAAAAUAUCUUUAAUACACACAUGGUUUUUAUCUGAAUUUUAAUUAGUCCCUUUGCUAAGGUGCUAAGAUAAGUCUGCAGGGAAAAUGAGGAACCAAGCAGCUCCCUCGCAAUAAAAUUUCUCAUAGAUUAAAUUGGGAAUUGGUCCAGAUUUUGUCUUCUAAUAAUAAAUUAUAGUCUUCCUUUUUCUCCCUGGGAUACUAGAUAUCUGUGUUUAGAAAGCACAGCUUUUGUUUUAUUACUUUCCCCUACAAUUUCCAUGGUAAAAUGUGGCUGCUCAACAGUUACUAUUAGUGUAUUCAAUGGUGGCUUCUAAAUGAAGAUAUUGUAUUUGUUUUUCAUAAGUCAAUGUACUUGUCAUAAAUUAUAUUUAAAAUAUUCACCAUGUGAAUAGAUUUAUGGGUGGCCAAGUUAGUAGGUGCAAAAUAAUGAAUUAAAGUCACAAUAUCCCCUCUUGUCUCUGACAGUAACAGCAUUAGUCCAUGGGAUCACUCUCUCCGCGUAAAGAAAACUGCAUUUUAAUUUUGAUACAUUUCCCUGAAGUGCUGCAAGUCAGAGGUCAAAUCUGCAGACUUCACAACCAUAAUAAACUUUAAAAAGCUGGAAACCAUAUCAGAUUUCUGUUAAAACAUGUUGGAGAUGCUCAGCACAAAACUCAGCUAUUUAUUAUUAAAUAUAACAGACGAGCAAUUGCAUAAGGAAACAGUUUGGUUUAAUAGCUAUUUACUGUAUGUUAGGAUCAUAGCACUUAGGGAAAGGAAUUAGCAGAUAAUCAAGUCCAUUCCUAUAGGUCUUCACCUCCUGCCCUGAACUAUAAUUGUGAACUGUAAACUGGCUGCACAUUCCAUCUCAAUGGUGACUGUUUAAGUGGCAGGUGAAAUUUAAUAUUUUUAAUUAUACAGCCAGUAAAUAUGUUGGCAGACAGAGCAUUUUUGAUGUCUUUAGAUGGAGAGGUUUUAUUACAGGUUUUGCAUUGAUAUCAAUUAGAAGGUGUCUCUCACUGUGGUAUCUAAAUACUAUAGAGAGAAUGAAAAAAAUAUUCACAUAGUGCAGGCUAGGUGCAGUUUAAGUUGCAAUAUAACUUUCAUUAUAACCCCCCAGUUUUUACUUAUUCACCACUUUCACAAAUUCCCAUUGAUGGUCUUAAUGAUUUUUUUCCCUAUGUGCAGCUUGCAGUAUCUUAGGUGUCUACUGCCUUUUGCCCUAGAUAAAGCUUGCUCUCAUCUCUGUGCUGCUCUAUGUAAAUAGUUUAUGAAGCACUUUUUGAUGGUAUCUAACAUUUACCGGUACAUGUGAUUCCGUCAUUGAGUCUGAGAUGGAGCCAGAAGUGGAAACAGCUUUCUUCUGUGGCUCUGAACAUCCUGGAAACACUUGGGAAAUAAUUUGACCCUACUGACAAGUAAAUUGCAAUUCCUGUGAAAGAAUCUACUAGUUCCUUUAGUAAUUUUUUUAUUUUAGUACAUAACUAAAUAGUUGGAAACCAGCUGGAGAACCUCUGAAUUUUUAUACAUGCUACAGCUAUGAUAGCUAUAAAAAAGGACCCUAGAUAGAUUGUAAAAGCAGACAAAAAAUCAAGUCCUUUUGUACUUCAUGCUAUCUGAAAGCAUAAAUGAUUUUUGUAAGCAUCUGAUGGCUACUUAGUGCAGCCCACAAGGAUACAACAGAGCCCAUAUGAAAGAAAUGUACAUCUAAGGUUGCCCAGUGCCUAGAUCUCGCUUUGAGCUGGAUGUUUCCUCCAGUGCAGGACUCUGUUGGCCUGUGGAAAGUUAGGGAUAGUUUUAUAGAAUCUUGCAUAAAUUAACUCGAGUAGACAGCAAAUCCCUUGUUCUCCCUCUGGAUUCAGUGUUUAUUGGCUCUUUAGCUUCUUUGGCAGAUGUUUAAGCGAGAUCGUUGUGGCAGCCCAAUGAGCGGUGGUCGGCAAGACAAACCAGGGCCACAAUCACAGCGUUGGAAAAUUUCUGGACCUUGAGCAACAUCUUUGUGUCCACGGCGGGAACAGACCAGUCCUUCACGGAGAACUGGCUUACAGAUUUUGGUCCAGAAAUGGCGAGCGCAGCAAAGCCCAAAGGCACAGUCUGAUGUGCGAAGGCAGCUUUCUCCCUCUUGACCUGCAAUGCCUCAUGGUAAAGAUAGUUGCUUGUUUUAAAGAAACGCUGGAGAGCUCGAUGAUCUCAACAUUAGCAGGAGAUCUCUAACCUAAGAGGAAAAUUUGUGGAGAGGAGCUCUGUCCUUCCUGGGAUCUCCAGCUGAUACAUGCAGAAUUUGACAUGCCUCCAAUCUCCUCAAACAGAAAAGUCUUCUUCCUCUCUCAGAACUUUGCCAUUCAGUUGUCAUGUUGAAACAUCACCCAAGACAGAUUGGAAGCGGAAGGCCUACAUGUGUGCCUUAAGCUACUCUAUACUAAUGUUUUAAAGCUAGAAAAAGAAUAAGGUACCUAAUGUUUUUAUCAUUGUACAUUUCCUGUCAACACUCCAAGUUAAUAAAUAUGAUCUGCAUAUUAUGCCAUUAA